CAGCCGCGAGUGGGUGACAGGGCCCCGGUGUCUGCGCGUCCUGGCCGCUGCCCGCCGUGGCCCAGCCUGGCACCCAGCCACGAGUGGAAGCCGUGCCCUUGCAGUUCUGCCUUCACAGUUCUCUGCCUUUACUCAAAAACUGCAGAAAAUGAACAAAUCCCAGGUUUUUGUGUGGCAUUAAUUUUCAACUCAUUUGGGUAAAUACCAAGGACCAUGAUUGCUGGAUCAUAUAAUAAGGACAUGUCUAAUUUCGUAAGAGACUGCCAAGCUGUCUUCCAAGUGGCUAUGCCAUCUUACAUUCCUGCUGGCAGUGAGUGAGUUCCUGAUGCUCCAUAUCUUCCUCAGCAGUCGGUGUUGUCCGUGGUCUGGGUUUUAGUCUAGGAUCAGUUUCAUUCACGGAUGUGACUGUGGACUUCACCCAGGAGGAGUGGGAACAACUGGACCCCUCUCAGAGGAUCCUGUACAUGGAUGUGAUGCUGGAGAACUACAGCAACUUGCUGUCAGUAGCUUCCUGUUAAUGUGCACAUUGGGAGGCAGCAGAUGAUGGUUCAAGAAGUUGUGUUCCUGGUACUCCCAUGGGAGACCCUGGAUUGCUUUCCGGGCUUUGAACUGGCCUCACCCUGGUGGUUGCAGGCAUUUGGGGAGUGAACCAGCGGAUAGGAGCACUGUCUCUCUACCUUUCAAAAGUCUGGAAGGCUGAUGACCAGAUGGAGGGCCACCCCAGCAGCCCCGAGGAGCAGGCAAGGCAGUUCAUAAUCCAUAAGAGCCCAGUGGAGGAACGAGGUAAUCCCUUUGGAAAAACAUUGAAUCUGAGCACCGAGUUUGUUUCCUUAAGACAAGUGCCCUAUAAAUACGACUUAUAUGAAAAGACUCUGAAAUAUAAUGCAGACUUACUGACUACUAACAAAAGCUAUGCAAGAAAGCAAGCUGAUGGCUGCAAUGGGUUUGGAAAACCACUGCUGUGUCUGAAGCAAGACAAAGCACACCCUGGCGUCGAGUGCUCUGAAUUUCAUCAAAGUGGAAAAGCUGUUGGUCAUAAAGAAGGCCUUUUUAAACAUCAAAAAAUUAAAAAUUUGGUUCAACCUUUCAUUUGUAACUACUGUGACAAGGCCUUCUCCUUUAAGUCACUCCUUAUCAGUCAUAAGAGAAUACAUACUGGAGAGAAGCCGUACGAGUGCAGCGUGUGCAAGAAGACUUUCUCCCAUAAGGCCAACCUCAUCAAGCACCAGAGGAUUCACACUGGGGAGAAGCCCUUCGAGUGCCCCGAGUGUGGCAAAGCUUUCACUCACCAGUCCAACCUCAUCGUACACCAGAGAGCACAUAUGGAGAAGAAGCCCUAUGAGUGCAGCGACUGUGGAAAGACGUUUGCCCAGAAGUUUGAACUCACUACACACCAGAGAAUCCACACAGGGGAGCGGCCCUACGAGUGUAAUGAAUGCGCGAAAACCUUCUUCAAGAAAUCAAACCUCAUUAUACAUCAGAAAAUUCACACAGGGGAGAAGCGCUAUGAGUGCAGUGAGUGCGGCAAGUCCUUUAUCCAGAACUCGCAACUCAUCAUUCACAUGAGAACUCACACAGGGGAGAAGCCCUACGAAUGUACUGAGUGUGGCAAAACCUUCAGCCAGAGGUCCACGCUGAGGUUACACCUGAGAAUCCACACAGGGGAGAAGCCUUACGAGUGUUCCGAGUGUGGAAAGGCUUUCAGCAGGAAGUCCCGCCUUAGUGUCCAUCAGCGAGUUCACGUAGCAGAGAAGCCCUAGUCUGCCACCAGGACGCUUCCGGUGGCGACAGAACCUCAUGGAGGUACUGAGGAGCAUGGGAAUUCAUUCUGAUACAGUGAAAAACGUGGGAAAUAAUGCCAGACAACACUAUACUGCAAGUUAGCAACGACACGCGGCUAAACUUACCAGAAAAUCUUCAUUUGUAAAUAGAUGUACCCAGAUGAACUGUGAAUCAAUUUAAUAUUCUAGGCAGCAUAAACAGCACCCUUGCAGUUUAGUGGCUGUAUGUGGACGACGUCACAAUACAAAAAUUAUGUUUUAAAUAUUCACAUCUGAAUCUAUCUGUCACAAGAAGUUUAAAAUUCUUGUCCUCUGGGAGAAUUGGACACAUCAGACAGGAUUUUCCAUGGUAAACAUCAGUUUUUUAGUACCUUUCCAACCCAGUAUGCAUUCCAAAUGAAAUGUCUAACAGGUGUUUAAGUAGCACGUGGCCGGUGUUUUCUCCUAGUGCUUGCCAGUACAUGUAAGUUGCACUGACACUGUUUUCAGUGGCCUCUUCACUGCCCAGACAGCACUAACCUCUGGGUCUGCUGAAGGUGUCCAGAGUAUUCUUUAUACGAUAUGCGGGGGUGAGGUAAUGAAGAUCGAGGUAGUGCAAGGAGGCAGCUGGGAACCGUGUCACUCAACACUCACCACGGAAAGCAGUGCCACGUGGAUAGUGUGUCCUACCUGGGGGUGUUUACACACAGUGCAUGUCUUUUACCAAAAUACUAUCUAACCUGGAUAGCGCCUGUAUUUCUGUGUGUUUCCCUGUUUCUCUUAGUAUUUUAUGAAUUGUCUUGCAAAAAAGAUUGUAGGGUGCUUAUGUAGUUGACAGUGUUACACUUCAGAGUUUAGAGGAAAAAUAAAGAAUUGUGUUAUUGCUUUUUAAAAUUUGUAUUGCAAAAUCUACUUUAGAAGUGAGUUUUUGCAGUAUUUGACAUUUCUACUUGCUUGAGUUUCACUGCUGUCAACCUAAAACAUUUUUUACUACCUUUCCUUUAACUCUUUAUAAUUGGGCUUCAAUAGUCUCUCCAUCUAUUUGAUUUUUAAUGAAAACAUUGUCUUUAUGUAACUCAAAGAUAAUGCCAUUUUAAACUGGAUUUCAAGUUCACAAGUUCAGCCUUUUCCUAUCAAUCAGUUAUAAAUCAUGUAUUAGCAUUACAAAUGGCAAUGAAAAUUGGGCUUAUUUUUGAGGUUCACAGGUGGACUGUGACUACAUAUGAAUGUUAUUGACUGUGAAAUAAUUUACAGUAAUGUCCACAACCCAAAAAGUCUUUGUCUUUGUAAGUUGUGAUUUACCCACUGACAACGAGGAAGCCAGGAAAAAAGCUAAUUUAGCACACUGCUGUUGGAAAUGCACAUUGUGACAGCCUCCGUGGGAAACAUUGUCUUAACUUCAAGAAUACAUAUACUUUUCAACCCAGGAAUCUGCUGGGAAUCUAAGAAAAAAGUAAAGUGCCAGUACUUAAUACUAUAUAUUUAUCAGUGUAUAGUGUAAUAUAUUUUGAAUAAGGGCCAAGAAAAAAGGGGGAAUCACCAUCAAUAAGAAAAUGAUUGAAUAGAUUAUGAUAAAAAAUGUGCCAUGGUUAAGUGGCAUUCCAUUAGAGAAUGUGGAAGAGCAAACUCUUGCAGACCAAACAAAGAAAUGAGGAAGGGAGAACCAAUUUUUGUAAAAUAAAGAUCUAGAAACUUUAAAUGUGUGUGUAUUU